AUGUCGGAGACUGAACUUGACAGUUUAACUGAAGAGCACCACAGUACCGGUGAAAAUGGUCAGGCCAUUGUCCGGAAGAGACCAAAGAGAGCAGCUGCCUGCUCUAAUUUCAGAGAGAAGGAAUUCGACUUAUCUGAAGAAGAUUCGCCUGUCAAAGUCAAGGAAACCCGGACUGAAGAGGAAACAGAGGCUGUUAGGUUGACACUGGUGCAGGAAGCGGAAGAGUGGAAGGUGACAAACAAGGAGAGAAGCAAGCGUGGAACUUCGCAGAAGAAUGUCUACAUCAAGAUAAGUGAAGCUGAGAUUGCUGAUGACUACCCACUGCCAGCAUACUAUAAACCUUAUACACCAGAAACGGAUGAGCACAUAAUAUUUGACCAUGAAGUUGGUACGUCUGUGCAUGAUCUGCCAGUAAAAAUACUCAACAACUGGGCUCUGUAUAAUUCAGAUUCCAGGCUCGUUUCGCUGGAGCUCGUCCCUAUGAAGCCAGGCGCAGAAAAUGAUAUAGUGAUCUUUGGAUCUGGUUCCAUGACAGAGGAUGAUCGUAGUUUCCAUUCAACAGCUGAGGCAGAACAGUUAUCUUCUUCGUCCUCAAGUAAAUCUGGCCAGAAAGAUGACGGAAUUCCAAUUUAUCUGAGUCCAAUCAAGGAAUGGCUUGUAGAGUUUGGCGGUUCAGUGAUCUGCAUAACUAUUCGAACUGGCGUAGCUUGGUACAAACUACACCAGCCAACAGAGCAGUACGCACCAUGGUGUGACACUGUCCUUAAAACAGCAAGACUGGCUAUCAGCAUCAUGAAACUUUUAGAAGACCAAACUCGUGCUUCAAAACUUUCUUUUGAUAAUGUUAUCAAGAAAGUAGCACAAUUUGAUCGUGGGGACGCUGCAUUUAUUUCAGCAGAUGCAACACUUGUCGAAAGAUAUGUUGUGGUGCAUGGACAGAUAAUUCUUCAGAUUUUUGCACGUUAUCCACGUAAGUCUAUCCAAGGGAGUGCCUUUAUCAAAGGCCUUGCCAGAAUGAUGAAUGAAAAAAGACACACAAAGCUAUCAGUGAAGGAAAAACCUAAAGCAAUGAGAGGCGGUAAUCUGAACCCAAGCGCAAAAAUGGGCCCUGUAGAGAAAAGGAAACUGAUGCGCGCGACAACUACAAGGCUGAUCAACAAGAUAUGGGGUGGUUACUAUGCCACCCAUUUCCCAGAGGACGCAAAGGAGGGAGAUGUGAAUGGUGAGCCAAACGAAACUGAGGAACAAGAAGAAACAGAAGAUGAUGAAGCUGAAGGGGAGGAUGAAGUUGAAGAGAAACGUAUCUCGAGGACCUCGCCAUCAGAAUGUUCUAAAAAGCCCUCAUCAAGUACUCGUAGAGAAAUUGAAUGUGAAGGUCAAACAGCCGGAAAAACAGAGUCUGGAGAAGCUUUAUAUAAAUUUGUUAGAGUCCGAGAUCUAGAGAUUGGUGUUGGUGGAGCAGUCACUGUAGAAGACGACUCAGGCGAAGCCAUCAUGUGUUUUGUCGAAUAUAUCUACCAGAAACUUGAUGGCACGCAGAGGAUUCAUGGAAGAGUUCUGGAGAAGGGUUCACAGACCGUCCUUGGCGAUGCUGCAAAUGAAAUGGAGGUAUUCCUUACUAAUGACUGUUUUGAAUUUGAGGUAGGUGACAUCAAAGAGUCGGUGACUGUCAAUCUCCAGAACAUCCCUUGGGGCCACGAGUACAGAGAACAGCAAGAGAGGGACAAUGCAGAGGAGAGGAAAAAGAAAGGCUUGCCAACGGAGUAUUUUUGCAAGAGUUUAUAUUGUCCUGAGAAAGGCGCAUUUUUCUCCCUCCAUUAUAAUAAACUGGGCACUGGAACUGGCACUUGCAGUUCUUGUGAAGAGCGAGAAGCAGUCCGUGAGGAAUUCAAAAUACUAUCAGACACUACCUUUGUCCUCAGGAACGUGGCAUACACUAUUCAAGACUUUAUUUAUAUCAGACCUGAGUUCUUCUCCCCGGUGGAAGGUCAAGGCGCCAACAAGGCUGGAAGAAAUGUGGGGCUCAAGCCUUACGUGGUAUGCCAACUGCUGAGUAUCAAUGCUCCUGCUGCUAAGAAAGCUGAUCCAGAAUCAGCGCGCAUCAGUGUAAGAAGGCUAUACAGGCCUGAAGACAUUUCUUCAGAUAAAGCUUACUGUUCAGAUAUCAGAGAGGUAUACUACAGUGAAUAUAAAAUGAGCGUGCCUGUGGUAAGGAUUGAAGGAAAAUGUCAGGUCACCACUAAGGACGACCUUCCAAAUUCGAAUUUUCCAGCAGCGGUUGAUCACGUCUUCUACUGCGAACGUCUAUAUGAUCCUGAUUCUGGAGCUCUCAAACAGCUACCAACCAUGACUCUAACAAGGAAGGCGUCUACUUCAAAAAAGGAUAAAGGAAAGCAUAUUAUUUGUGAUGAUGACUCUCUAGCAGACAAGAAGGAUACAGUAAUAUCAGCUAACUCUCUAGCAACUCUUGAUAUUUUUGCUGGCUGUGGAGGAUUAUCUGAAGGGAUGAAGCGAGCAGGUGCAUCACAUACAAAAUGGGCAAUUGAAUAUGAAGAACCUGCUGGGCAAGCAUUUAAGGAAAAUCACCCAGAAGCUGCAGUAUUCGUCGAGAACUGCAAUGUCAUUCUGAAAGCAAUAAUGGAUAAAUGCGGUGAUGGUAAUGACUGCAUUUCGACUGCUGAGGCCUCUGCGCAAGCAGAUAACCUUUCAGCGGAGGAGAUUAAGAAUCUCCCCGUGCCAGGUGAAGUAGAAUUUAUCAAUGGUGGCCCUCCAUGCCAGGGGUUUUCUGGGAUGAACAGAUUCAAUCAAAGUACAUGGAGCAAAGUCCAGUGUGAGAUGAUUUUAGCAUUUCUGUCCUUUGCGGACUAUUUCCGCCCAAGAUUUUUCCUGCUGGAGAAUGUUAGGAACUUUGUUUCAUUCAACAAAGGCCAGACCUUCAGACUGGCAAUAGCAUCACUCCUGGGGAUGGGAUACCAGGUUCGAUUCGGAAUUUUGGAGGCUGGUGCUUUUGGUGUCGCGCAGUCUAGAAAAAGGGCAUUCAUCUGGGCUGCUGCACCUGGGGAGACUCUUCCUGACUGGCCAGAGCCAAUGCACGUCUUCGCUAGCCCUGAGCUGAAAAUCAAUCUACCAGACGGAAAGUACUAUGCAGCUGCCAAGAGCACAGCUAGAGGAGCUCCUUUCCGCUCAAUAACAGUAAGAGAUACAAUUGGAGACCUGCCACCGGUGCAGAAUGGUGCCAGCAAACUAGCAAUCCAGUAUGGAAGCAAACCCGUCUCCUGGUUCCAGAAGAAGAUUCGAGGUGAUACGCCUUCACUGAGUGACCACAUAGCCAAAGAGAUGAACGAACUGAAUCUCAUCAGGUGCAAGCGCAUCCCAAAGCGCCCAGGGUGUGACUGGCAUGAUCUCCCAGAUGAGAAGGUGAAGCUAUCCAAAGGGCAGCUGGUGGACUUGAUCCCUUGGUGCUUGCCCAACACAGCCAAGAGGAACAAUCAGUGGAAAGGCCUAUAUGGGAGGCUGGACUGGGAGGGCAACUUCCCCACAUCUGUGACAGAUCCCCAGCCAAUGGGCAAGGUCGGCAUGUGCUUCCACCCUGAUCAGGACAGGAUCAUCACUGUUCGUGAAUGUGCCCGAUCUCAGGGCUUCCCUGAUGGCUACCGCUUCGCCGGCAACAUCCAGAACAAGCACAGGCAGAUCGGGAAUGCUGUACCACCUCCCCUUGCCUACGCUCUAGGGAGGAAGCUCAAGGAAGCCAUCGACAGCAAGCUUUCAGCGGCUUAAGUUAACUGCACUCUAGUGGCACUUAACUUAUCAGUGGGCAUUAUGUAAUUUGCGAGCAAUAGACUCUGGAGCCAUUACAGGCAGGCUGGUUAUAUCAUAUAUGAACUAGUUUCUGUGUACUCUUAUAUGAAGGAUGGUUAACACCAUCAGGAUGUUGGUUCAUGGUUAUAACUUCAGAACAUACUCUUA